CUCGCGGCUGUUGUUAUAUAAGUCCAGGUUCCAAACGUUUAACCCCUGCCCCGUUAUUCGAGUUUCUCAGCAGCCGUGUUCUCGACUCCCCCUUCUUUGUAAUCCUCUCUCUUCUACCUUUCUCGCCUACCCUUCAACCGUUUCCCGUCAUGGCUGUCACCGACGAAUCAAAGAGCGUCGAGUCAGAGGGCUACUACAGUCAGGACUCUCUUGACGACGCGGAGAAGGGCUUGCACGACAAGUCAAUGGGGCAACUAGCACCACCGCUGCCGUUCGUCUACUUGGGUGAUAAGAGAACAGCUAUAAGGGGUAUUGGGAAUCACUUGUCUCCAGCAUCACCGGUCCACCAAGGCAUCACACCCCAAGCCAGUGUACCCGAGCUGUCACUGGCAUUUCCUGCUGAGACAAAAAAGCCUACCGAUGCAAGCGAGCUAGAAACCACAGUGAAGAAACCCGAACCAAAGAAGCCGCAGAAGAUUAGUCGGUGGGUCUUGUUCCAGUUAUGGUUCAACACUUAUCGCAAGUUCUUUACCUUCGUGACGUUACUGAACUUGACGGGCAUCAUCCUGACAGCUCUUGGUCGAUUUCGAUAUGCGGAGGACCACAUGGGCGCAUUGGUUCUGGGCAAUCUUCUCUGCGCUAUAUUGAUGCGGAACGAGCUUUGGAUGAGGUUUCUCUACAUGGUUGCCAUCUAUGGUCUGUGGUGGGCCCCAUUGCCAAUCAAAUACGCAGCAACAUCCGUGCUACAGCACGUGGGGGGAAUACAUUCGGGCUGCGCACUCUCUGGCGCUGCAUGGCUCGUCUACAAGAUCGUGGAGAUCAUCAUAUACCGAGCCGUGCAGCAUCCUGCAGUGAUCGUCAGCGGUAUCAUUACGAACGUCUUCAUUAUCAUUUCCGUUCUCAGUGCAUUCCCGUGGGUUCGCAACACGUAUCAUAAUGCAUUCGAGAAACACCACCGGUUCAUUGGGUGGCUGGGCCUUGCAACUACAUGGAUGUUCGUCGUGAUGGGUAACGUCUACGACAUCAAAAUCGGACAAUGGCGCCAUGACACACACGCUAUGAUCAGCUCGCAGGAGCUAUGGUUCGCUGUUUUCAUGACAAUCUUCGUCUUGAUCCCGUGGGUGACGCUACGCGAAGUACCUGUCGAAGUAGAGAUCCCUUCGCCCAAAGUGGCGGUCCUGCGCUUCAAGCGAGGCAUGCAGCAGGGACUGUUGGGCCGCAUUAGUCGCACCUCCAUUAUGGAGUACCAUGCUUUUGGCAUUAUUAGUGAGGGACGAAAGACGGACUGCCAUUACAUGAUCUGUGGUGUGCAGGGCGACUUCACGAAGAACUUAGUCGCUAAUCCACCCAAGACAGUGUGGACUCGCGAAUUGAAGUUCGCCGGAGUCGGACACGCAUCCGCCAUGUUCCGCCGUGGAAUCCGUAUAUGCACAGGUACGGGAAUCGGCGCAGCACUUUCCACCUGCAUCCAAUCGCCCGACUGGUUCCUCAUCUGGAUCGGCUCCGACCAAGAACGCACCUUCGGCCCUACCAUCACCGGUCUGAUCCACAACAACAUCGAGCCCGAGCGCAUGAUUCUCUGGGACUCCAAGAAGAGGGGCGGUCGUCCUGAUACAAUGGAGCUUCUCAGAGACACCUGGAAGCGCUGGAAUGCCGAAGUCAUCUUCAUCACGUCGAACAUGCAGGGCAACGAUGAGAUGAUGCAGGGAUGUCGCAUUGAAGGGUUGCACGCUUUUGGAACACUGUGGGACUUUUAG